GUCACCGCAACACGUCAUAACAAAAAUUCGGCUAAAAAAGUGAAAAGCAAUAAAAAUACUUAUAUUUAAUUAAAAUGGGCGACUAUAUUAAUCCAAAUCCGAACGAUUUCUACUGGCAACAACAACAAAAUGUACCACCCCAAAUGACCGGUCAGGGUUAUUACGAACAAGAUUACAAUCAAUUCCAAAAUCAACAGCUAGAAUUUAACGCAAGUAAUGACUUCGGAGAUCAGAAUUUCGCCAACUAUCCCACGCAAAUGCUAAUACCGGAGCCCUUCGACACCGCCACGAAGGACCUGGACGAGUACGACGAGCCCCCUUUGUUAGAAGAACUAGAAAUCUACCCCGACCGGAUACUAGAGAAAAUCCUGGCUGUAUUAAACCCAUUUCGAGGCCACAGUUUAGCCGACGACGCGGAUUAUCUAAUGAAAGACUCCGAUUUAAUCGGCCCGAUAGCCUUCUGCCUUCUGCUCGCCGUGUUUCUGUUCCUAGCCGGCAAAAACGCCCACGUCGGAUACAUUUACGGCAUUUCGAUGACUUCCUGCAUACUCAUGUACUUCCUGUUAUCUCUCAUGUCCCCAGUCAGCGGGACCUUUACGUUGACGAUCGUCGGCAGCAUUUUGGGGUACUGCUUCAUCCCGAUAGUGGCCUUGUCCGCUGUAGGCAUCCUGUUCAAGCUCAGCGGACCCGUGGGACUGGCUGCUGCGAUACUGGCGGUGGUUUGGUCGAGUUUCUCCGCUUCGAGAUUAUUCGUGGCGAUAUCGGGAGAUAAGCAGCAACAGUCCCUCAUCGCUUAUCCCACCAUGUUGGUGUACGGUGUCGUUACGUUGCUAGUUUUGUUUUAAAAUAAAUUGUAA